GUUUACACGUGAUUUAUUAGGCGCUAACGACAGUCUGUAAAGUAGGAGUGUUCAGACUCAUUCCAAUGAACUGUAUCAAACAUAUCUUACAUCACCUGCCGGGUCUCGGCUUUAGGGCAACCGCAAGCAGACCCGCCCAUCAUGAAUAAUCCCGUGUUAACCCCGCCCAUCAUGAAUAAUCCAGUGUAAUUCCCGCCCAUCAUGAAUAAUCCAGUGUAAUCCCCGCCCACCGAGCGCUGUUGGCGAGCCGUCGACGUCCACUGCCUUCACACGGGUCCCGACCGACGCGAGGUGGUCGACGCGUGCCUUGCCAGCCCCCCUCUCCUCUAGCGCGCAGAUCCGGCGGGUCCGCGUUAUUAAACGUCUCCACACAUCGCGUCCCAAACCUUCGGCUCCUCCACGUCUCAGGAAUUACGUCUCGCGCUCGAGCAAGAGGGAGGAGGAGGAGCAGCAGAGCGAGCCGAGCGCUCGGCCGGGACGCCUCGCGCUUCCCAGCUGUUCCGGGAGUCUUGGACUCAGUGUAGCGCCGCGAGGGCGGUCCGUUCCCGACCGUGGGUCCGAACUCGUGGAUAGGGCGCGCGAAGAAGGCCAGCCACAGUGAAGCGUGCAGGACAUGGGAGUCGAGCUGCUGCCGGCAAGCGAGAGGUUCCUAGCGCGACUCCCCGCCCACCUGCCCGGCCCUCCCCCGAGACGCCCCAGUUCCUCCCCCAUGGUUUCUCUAUAGUGGGCGGAGUCUGGUGCAGCCAUGUUCAGGAACAGCUUGAAGGCGCUGCUCAGCGGCGGCAAGUCCAACCGCAAGAACCGGAACAGCGGUGGCGGGUUGACGGAUGGUGAGUGUGUGUUUGAGGGCGACUGCACUUCGCCUCCUCUCCCCGUGACCGAGGGCAUGCAGCACAUGCGCAUCAUGGAGGGCGUGACCCGGUCUCUACCCUCCUCCCCGCUGCUCUCGCAUCACGCCCUCAACAUGAGACUACAGCCCCUCAAGAGGCUCCCAGGGGAGGGCGGUCAGGAGCUGGGUCCCCCUCCGACGGUGGACGAGGCCGCCCACACUCUGAUGACACGGCUGGGCUUCUUGCUGGGAGACAGAGUAGCAGAAGGCGCCGCUGGAACCCCGUACACGCAGGAGCAGGACGAUGCACAGGUUGUCUGCGUCAGCCAGAGAAUUAGUCCGUGCUCCAGCCUGGCCAGCAGCUCAGCAUCACCCGCUGCUGGUAGUCCUUGCUCCACACUGCCCCCUGGUGCACCAGGCAGCGCGGGUGCCUAUGGCUCGGUCACCAGCCCAACCUCCACCCUGGAGAGCAGGGACAGCGGAAUUAUAGCCACGCUCACGAGCUACUCGGAGAACGCGGAGCGGAGCGGGAAGCAGACGGAGGGUUCGCGCGGCAGCCUGAAGUUGUGGCCCACGCCCAAGGCAGCGGCUCACGACUCCUUCCUGUACCGCGUGGACGAGAACAUGGCGGCCUCCACAUACAGCCUCAACAAGAUACCCGAGAAAAGCCUGGAGCACUCCGCCUCACACUCCGCCCACUCCAUCCCCCUCUACCUCAUGCCCCGCCCCAAUUCCGUGGCCGCCACUAGCUCUGCUCACCUGGAGGACCUCGCCUUCCUCGACGAGCAGAGGCAGGCCCCGCUACGCACGUCACUGCGCAUGCCACGCCAGAACUCGGGGGCCGCACGCCCCGGCCAGGACCUAAGAGUGCGCUUCACCCCGUACCGCCCGCCAGACAUUGCCCUGAAGCCACUGCUGUUUGAGGUACCCAGCGUGACACCCGAAUCCGUCUUCGUCGGGCGGGAAUGGCUCUUCCAGGAGGUGGACGCCCGUCUCCGCGGCAGCGACCCGACCAGUCGGGGCGUGGUCAUCGUGGGCAACGUGGGCUUUGGCAAAACGGCCAUCGUUUCCCGCCUGGUGGCGCUCAGCUGCCAUGGCAAUCGCAUGAGGCAGAUCGCCUCGGACAGCCCACAUGCCUCGCCUAAACACGGGGACACACUGCCCCUCGGACAGUCUCAGGUGGCCCAUGGCACCCUGGUUGGGGGCAGUUGCCCGGGUACCCCGGAGAUGAGGAGACGUCAGGAGGAGGCACUCAGGAGAGUGGCCUCUCAGGUGGUGGCGUACCACUACUGCCAGGCAGACAACGCCUACACGUGUCUGGUGCCCGAGUUCGUGCACAACGUGGCGGCUCUGCUGUGCCGGGCGCCGCAGAUGCAGGCUUACCGGGAGCUGCUGCAGACCCAGCCGCACCUGCAGAGUCUGCUCAGCCUACGGGCCUGUGUGCAGGACCCACUCACCGCCCUCACCCGGGGCCUGCUGGAGCCCCUCCACGCCCUGCACAGAGAGCGCAAGGUGGCGAAUGACGAGGAUCUGAUCGUCUUGAUCGACGGCCUGAACGAGGCGGAGUUCCACAAGCCGGACUACGGCGACACCAUCGUCUCCUUCUUGUGGAAGAGCAUGGAGCAGUUCCCGGCCUGGCUCAAGCUGGUGGUGACGGUCAGAACCUCCCUGCAGGAUGUGACCCUUCCUCUGCCCUUCCACCGCAUCUCCCUGGACCGCCUGGAGGAGGGCGACUCCGUGGACUCGGACCUGCAGAACUACAUCUUGCACCGCCUGCAGUCCAGCCAGGAGAUCCAGAACAACGUUGCACUCAACGGCAGGCUGGACAACGCCGCCUUCUCGAAGCUCAGUGCGCACCUGAAAGGCCUCAGCCGUGGCUCCUUCCUCUACCUGAAGCUCACCUUGGACCUCAUCGAGAAGGGCUACCUGGUACUCAAGAGCUCCAGCUACAAGGUGGUACCCGUGAGCCUGGCGGAGGUGUACCUGCUGCAGCUGAACAUGCGCUUCCCUACGCAGUCCUCGUUCGACCGCGCCCUGCCGCUGCUCAACGUGGCCGUGGCGUCCCUGCACCCGCUGACGGACGAGCAGGCUUUCGGCGCGGUGAACGCCGGUGUCGUGCGCGGCUCCGCCCUUGACUGGGAGGACUUCCAGCAACGCGCCGAGCACCUGGCGUCCUUCCUGGUGCGCAGGCGCGACGGCACGCGCAUGUUCGCCCACCCCUCCUUCCGCGAGUGGCUGAUCUGGAGAGAGGACGGCGAGAAGACCAAGUUUCUCUGCGACCCCAGGAGUGGACACACACUGCUCGCCUUCUGGUUUUCACGUCAGGAGGGCAAACUAAACAGACAGCAGACCAUAGAGCUUGGACACCACAUCCUCAAAGCACACAUCUUCAAGGGCCUGAGUAAGAAGGUCGGGGUUUCUUCAUCCGUGCUCCAGGGUCUCUGGGUGUCGUACAGUGCAGAGGGGCUGUCUACUGCUCUGGCAUCUCUGCGCAACCUCUACACACCCAACAUCAAGGUGUCUCGCCUACUCAUUCUAGGAGGAGCUAAUGUGAACUACCGCACAGAGGUGAUGAACAACGCCCCCAUACUGUGCGUGCACGCACACCUGGGCUACCUAGAGAUGGUCGCCCUGCUGCUGGAGUUCGGCGCCGAAGUCAAUGGCGCGUCCGAGAGCGGCCUCGCCCCUCUGGGCUACGCUGCAGCUGCUGGCCACCUCUCCAUCGUCACCACCCUGUGCGCCAGGAAAGCCAAGGUGGAUCAUGUGGACAGGAACGGGCAGUGUGCUGUGGUGCUUGCAGCUCUGCGGGGCCACCUAGAGGUGGUGAAGUACCUGGUGCAGUGUGACUGGAGCUCAGAGGAGCGGCAGCACUCUCAAUUCAGCAAGAGCCAAGCAGUACAGCAGUCUCUCAUAGCAGCAGCUAGCAUGGGUUAUACUGAGAUUGCAUCAUACCUGCUGGACCUGCCAGAAAAAGAUGAGGAAGAGGAGGAGCGUGCCCAGAUAAACAGCUUUGACACAGUGUGGGGUGAAACAGCUCUGACGGCUGCUGCCGACAGGGGGAAGCUGGAGGUGUGUAGGCUGUUAUUGGAGCAGGGUGCUGCAGUGUCUCAGCCCAACCGCCGUGGCAUCGUGCCUCUGUUCAGCGCUGUCCGCCAGGGCCACUGGCAGAUCGUUGAGCUGCUACAGAAUCACGGAGUGGACGUGAACACGGCAGAUAAACAAGGUCGGACUCCACUCAUGGUCGCUGCCUCUGAGGGUCACCUGGCCACCGCCGAGUUCCUGUUAGCACAGGGUGCAUCACUGGCUCUCAUGGACAAAGAGGGGCUCACUGCUCUCAGCUGGGCGUGUCUGAAAGGCCACCUCCCAUUGGUCCGUGCCCUGGUGGAGAGGGGCGCGGCCACCGCCCACGCUGACAAGAGUGGACGCACCCCCCUGGACCUCGCUGCCUUCUACGGAGACUCGGAAGUGGUGCAGUUCCUGGUGGAGCACGGUGCCAUGAUCGAGCACGUGGACUACAGCGGCAUGCGGCCGCUGGACCGAGCCGUCGGCUGCAGGAACACUUCCGUGGUGGUGGCACUGCUGAAGAAGGGCGCCAAGAUAGGUCCGGCCACGUGGGCGAUGGCCACCUCCAAACCCGACAUCAUGAUCGUACUCCUCAGCAAGCUGAUGGAGGAAGGAGACGGAUUCUACAAGAAGGGCAAGGUGAAGGAGGCAGCUCAGCGCUACCAGAGCGCCCUCAAGAAGUUCCCGCGCGAGGGCCUCGCCGACGACCUGAAGAGCUUCCGCGAACUCAAGGUCUCGCUGCUCCUCAACCUGUCCCGCUGCCGCCGGAAAAUGAACGACUUUGGCAUGGCUGAGGAGUUUGCCUCCAGGGCUCUAGAGUUGAAACCCAAAUCCUAUGAGGCCUAUUACGCGCGAGCCCGUGCCAAGCGCAGCAGCAGGCAAUUCCACGCAGCCCUGGAGGACCUGAAUGAAGCCACGCGACUGUGUCCCAACAACCGCGAGAUCCGACGCCUGCUCCAGCGCGUGGAGGAGGAGUGUCAGCAGGUCGCACAACAGCAGGAGCUGGACGCGCCCCCUUCCCCGCCCCAAGGCCCUCCCAUGGCCCUGCCUCCCGUGCUGGAGCCCCGCCUCUCAGACAUGGAGCCUGUGCAGGACCUGUUCGAAGAGGACGACCAUUACCUGGAGCGUGACUCGGAGGGUCUGCCACUAGGUGUCACCGCCGAGCCACGCUCUAGUCCCCCGAGCCUGCCGGUCAUUCAGAACAUGCCUCCGUCCCCUAGCCACCGGGACUCGCCCUACCUCUCCAUGGGCCAGGCCUUCGACCUCCGGCCCAGCCCUGCCUCCAUGCCCUCUCCGACUCGCCAGGGCUACCAGUCCACGUCGCCGUCGCUCUCUCCCACGCACCAGAGCUCCCACUACCACGCGAGCCCCCCUCACGCCUCCCCCGCCCACCAGAGCUCCUCCUCUUCCUCUUACCACUUCAGUCCUCCGCCUUCCCCGCUGCGACGGGGCCCUCAGUACCGCUCCAGCUCCACCUCCGAGAACGUGGGCCCCUACCGGCCCCAGUCGGCCUCUGUCGCCGGCCGGUACCAGCCGGAGCAGCUCUCGGGUCGGCCCAAGUCGCCGCUCUCCAAGAUGGGCAGUCAGCGCUCCUUCCAGCUCCCGCAGCCGGUAUCGCCGCCGUCGCAGGGCCAGUGGCUGCAGCCGGCCAAGGCCCAGAUUGUGCGCGCCAACCAGCCCGGCACCAUGCUGGGAAGCGGCGCUUACAGCCAGAAGGCCCACUCCAUGAGCACACGCUGCCCUGGAGACAUGGAGGAGCUCGGGGAAUUUAGCUACUCCGCCCCGACGCAGGCGCAGGGGAGCCUGAGCGCGGCGGGGCUGUACCCCCGGGCCGUCAGCAUGGACCCCAGCGCCCUGGAGGAAGAGCUUUCUCAGAGGCCCCCGUCUGCGUACCGGCCCAGCGCCGGGGGCCUCCGCUACAACCAGACGGCUCAGAUCAGCCGCAGCCAGUCCACCGCCUACUACCCGGUCUCGCCCCACGAGAUGGAGCGGCAGGCCCAGCUGGGCUCGCCCGAGAACUCCCACGGCCUCAGGCGCCCGGUGAGCGCCGCUGAGCCCAAGCCGCACCUGCCCACUCCGCGCCCGCUGAUCCACUCGCAGAGCGUGGGCCUGCGCUUCUCCCCCUCUAGCAGCAGCCUGACGGCGGGCGGCGUCGCUAACCUAGGCCCGGGCUUCAGGGCCUCGGCCUCCACGCAGCAGAUGGAGAUCCCUCUGAAGCUGGCCUACGAGGGGAGCUACUGUGACGACCUGUCGCGUGUGUCCCCACCGCAGGGCGCCGACUUGCGGCUGGUGGGCGGGACGUACCCGGGCGAGGCGUUGCGCUCGCGGACCACCCCCUUCAUGGGCGUCAUCGACAAGACGGCUCGGACUCAGCAGUACCUGCAGCAGCAACCCUCUCUGGCUGCCUCGUCCUCCUCCUCUUCCUCCUCCCGCGCCUGGGCCGUGUCUUCCCUGGACACGGUGAUCAGCAGUCCGGCCACGUCGCCCGGAAACACAGGCUACAGCCAGCAGGCAGCCGCCAUCGGUCACAUCGGCUACUACAACCGUACCAACAAUGCUCACAACGGGCACCUGCUGGAGGACGACUACUACAGAGGCCCUGCAACAGGCCCUGCCUGCGACAGGCCGGACAACAUGGGCCGAGUCAGCCAGGCACCCACCUAUCCGGACGUGAAGGUGGCGCGGACCCUACCGGUGGCGCAAGCGUACCAGGAUGGCGAGUUCCGGCAGGCGGUCCGCGCCGAGCGCCAGGGCCCCACCUCGCCAAUCAAACCAAAGAGGCCGUUUGUCGAGUCGAACGUGUGAGCCGCCGCUGACGUGGCCCGGGGCUGUUUAACAAAGAACCUCACACGGGCGCAGACACACACAGCGCAUCGCUGUCCCUACCCCGUCUCUUCGAUGUGACUAUAGCCUGAAGCUGAAUCUAUGGACCCUUCGUGUGUGCGAGCGCGCGUGUGGGGGCGCUGUCCGGCUGCGGGACGCAUUAGCUCUGGACGCGAGAGCAAGUGAUCAGGACACACGGGACACCUCGGAUGCUUUGGCUGGAGGGGACUGCCAUUACUGCUGUACAUUGGCUAGAGAUGCACCAAUACCAUCACCAGUAUAAGUAUCGAGCCGUUACUCCUGCUUGACGGUAUCAGUAUCGAUAAUACACAUGCAGUGAUGUUCAUAUUAAUUCGACCUCAUGUGACUUUUAGCAGUAGGUUGCCUGCGCUAGGUGGGCAAGAAUACUGCAAACAGAAACAUGUCCAGGCCUUGUGUUUAACUGUGCAGUAAACAUAAAGUUGUGUCUGUGUUGUAGUCUCUGGGCUUGGUGUCAGUGCAUUCCUAGCCCGUACCAGGUGCUCUGCACCCACCUAUCCAGCUCCAGAUGGCAUGAAGGGUACCUGCUCAACAGCCAGGCCCUGCUCAUCCUUCUGAGUGCUUGUCCUGCGCCACACAAAGGCUCAGUUGAAAAAUGGCUCCCUUAGUACACAGUACACCCUUUAUACCUUGUACAGUACAAACCGAAGUCAGAAACGGAUCCGUACAGCCUGCUUAAUACACUACACACUUUAUACUCUAUGAUCGUAGUGCACUACACCCUAUAUAGGACACGACAGUGUAGUACACCCUUUACACCCUACGUAGGACACAAUAGUGCACUAUUCUCUUUGCUCCCUAUGUAGUACACAGUAAUGUACUACACCCUUUAAGCCCUGUGCUGCAUAUUAUGUCCAAUAGGAACAACGGGCAAAAUCUGGCAUUUUAGUAAGCAGGAAGAAGCUGUUCUGGGUGCGUUUAUGGCAGUGCGAACGCGAUCACGUCGGCGACACCACUUCCACAGCGCAGUCGCUCCCAGUAUCACUUAUCUCACGCUUGCCACACCUCUGAAUAAAGUGCGGAGAGCGCUGUGUGUAAACACACACACACACACACACACACACAGAGCAAAAGAGCCAUUUCAGAUACAGCCAAGGUGGCUCAGGCCUGGUGGGUACUGAGGGAAGCCUGAGCUCUUCUCUGAUGUCACUCUGGAGAAAUACUGCGUGGCCACAUUUGUAGAUAAAGCUGUAAACUGCAUCCUUAUCAAAUGUGUACAUAGCUAAAGCAAAUGCAAAAAAUGUAUUUAUCAUUUUAAGUUAUGUUUGUACAAAUAUAUAUAUAUAUAUACACACGUGCACA